UUACAAUUCUUUAUUACAAUUAACACAAUAUUUCUAAAUAUCUAUAAAUAUAACAUUCAAAGACUAGUCACUAUGUGUUAGCCGAAUAUAUGGUCAGUCAGUCAAACGUACUUUACGUAAUCAUUAGAAAUGCCCGAACAGAUCCAAUACCUGCCGGUCAGUCAUGUAAUCUUUGAUUUGGACGGUUUGCUCAUCGAUAGUGAAGUGUUGUUCGCCAAUGCGAUCGCUAUACUAUUGAAAAGAUAUGGUGUGAAAGAGUACAGUAAAGCUCUUCAGGAGAAGGUGUUGGGAAUGGAUGUCGACCUCAAAAUACAGACAAUUAUUGCUGAAACUGGUAUUCCGUUAACUGUUCCCAAAUUUCUUGUAAUUCAGAGGAAUAUAUACGAAGAUUCCAUGAGUAAUGUGUCGCUUAUGCCGGGAGCGGAGAGACUGAUAGCACAUUUGCGCCGACACAACAUCCCGAUGGCAAUUGCCACCGGAUCUACACUCGAGUCCUUUCGCAUUAAGACAUCUAAAUAUCAACAGUUGUUUAAAAUUGGAGACAACUUUCAGCACAUUGUCUUCACGCGAGACGACCCGGAGGUGAGCGCUCCCAAACCGGCGCCAGAUGUUUAUCUGGUGGCCGCCCAACGAUUCAAACCAUCGGCUGAACCCCAUAAAUGUUUAGUGUUUGAAGACACCAAAACGGGUGUUGACGAACAGAUCCAAUACCUGCCGGUCAGUCAUGUAAUCUUUGAUUUGGACGGUUUGCUCAUCGAUAGUGAGGUGUUGUUCGCCAAUGCGAUCGCUAUAUUACUCAAAAGAUAUGGUGUGAAAGAGUACAGUAUAGCUCUUCAGGAGAAGGUGUUGGGUAUGGAAGUGGAGCGCGGAAUACAAGUGAUUAUCGACGAGACGGGUAUUCCUGUAACUGUUCCUCAAUUCCGAGUACUCGAGCGAGAGAUAUACGAGGAGUCGAUGGCCAACGUAUCGCUUAUGCCGGGGGCGGAGAGACUGAUAGGACAUCUGCGCCGACACAACAUCCCGAUGGCAAUCGGCACCGGAUCCACACUCGAGUCCUUUCGCAUUAAGACAUCUAAAUAUCAACAGUUGUUUAAAAUUGGAGACAACUUUCAGCACAUUGUCUUCACGCGAGACGACCCGGAGGUGAGCGCUCCCAAACCGGCACCCGAUGUCUAUCUUAUCGCCGCCCGUCGUUUCAAACCGUCCGUUGAGCCCAAUAAAUGUCUGGUGUUUGAAGACUCCGGACUCGGUGUUGACGGUGCGAUCAGCGCUGGCAUGCAGUGCAUUAUGGUUCCCGAC